GUUUAAAAAUGAAAAACAGAAGAACAAAACCAGUUGAAACAAAAUCCCUAUCUAGAUUUAUCCACCCAGCAAAGAAGAAGAUUGAUUCUCCUUCUCACCACCGAUGAUAACUCUUCGUCUUCAACUUCCUCUAUUCAUCUUCCUUCUUCAAUUCGCUUCUUUUUCAAACGCUUCUUCAUCUCCUCAUUCCAAUCUCACACACAUUUUCCAGGAUAUUUUGAAGGCAAUUUCAGCGAAACAAAAAUGGGAUUUAAACGAUGUAACGAUUUUCAACUUCGAUGUUGCCAAAAUUAGGUUUGGAACUUCCCAAAACUACGAAUUCCGAAUUGGUUCCGGUAAGAAUAACUUCACCGUCAAAUUCUCCGAUCAAGUUGCGUCUUGGAAUAACAAGUUCACUGCACCCAAACCGGAUUUAGAUUCGCUUGUCAAUCAUCUCAGUUCUGUUGUUUUUCUUGAUGAUGUUAAAUUGGAAGGUCCCUUUGAGUUAAGGGUUGAUGAACUUCAUCAACUGUCGCUCUCUUUGCCUAUGAAUGUUUCACAUACUGGUUUGAAACAUGUAAUAGUUGGUGAAGGUAUUACGGUCGAAGUAAGAAAAGCACGGGAAAUCUCUUUUUAUUAUCGGUCGGAUCUUGAUUUGCAAAUGAAUGGAAGUGUUGUAUCUAGCAAAGGGAAGAGUGAGUUCUGGCCCUUUUUGCAAUCUACAUGCGCGCCUCUAAUUCCCUUACACGUAAAAGGUUCCGCAUCAUUGGUCGCUUAUAGAACUCGGAAUCCUAAUGCUCAUAUAGAAACUACAUUGAUUUCUGAGGACACCGUUGAGCUGCUUCCAGAAAAAUGUUACCAUGGCUCUAUGUUUAGAAAGCGAGCAUGCUUGGUUGCUUCCUCAAAUUUGAGAUUAAGUUUGUUAGAGAAAAUUUUAAGAAGUCUUCUUGGUCAAAAGAUCCUUGAAGAUCGAUUUUCUGGCCUUAUCAAAGCAAAUAUCAAAGCAUCCGCUGCUGUAAAGUUCCCCCUAGAAUUGGAAAGAGACGUAGGAGAUAACGUCACUCUUAGUACAUUGCCAGAUUGGAGAACAAGGCCAAGUGUCGAAAGGGUCUGGUUUGAGAUAUUGGCCAGAGUUGAAGAAAACAGGCUCAAACCUCUUUCAAUCAAGAAAGUUAAACCUUUUAUUGAAUCUAAGUCAGUUUCUUGGGCUAAUUUAAUGUCUAAUAUGUCGUAUACAAAGUUGCGGCCAGUUCUUCUUCCUCCAGAAGCUCUUACACUGGAUGUGAAAUGGUAGGAGUUCAUCUUGUGUAAGUUGUGAUAUUGAUACUCCUUUUUUUUACACUUUUUAGGCGAUGUUUGUAGAUUUAGUCUUGUUUCAUACAUUGUAAAAUAUCACUCAUGCAAUCAAGGUUGGUCUUGUAAAUACCUAAACAAAAGAGAAGAAAGAAGUGAAAGAUAUUUUCUUUGACUUGCUUCAACAGGCUUCUAGCAGUUGAGCCUAAGUCUUUAGUAAAGGGCACUUCAGAUGAAGUAGUCUGAACUUAGAUGGCUUGUUAAUUUGUGAUGUGUAUUUUUUACAUAGCUAAAUGGUUGCAGUGUUUAUGAAGAAGUAGAAAAAAACAGUGGACAAAAUAUUGAAUGUGAGGUGUGCUUUCUUGUCAACUUA